AUGGCUCUGAGUGGGAACUGUAAUCGUUACUAUCCUCGGGAUCAAGGGGCUGCUGUUCCCAACUCCUUCCCCGAAGUCAUAGAGCUGAACGUUGGGGGCCAGGUUUACUUCACCCGCCAUUCCACAUUAAUAAGCAUCCCCCAUUCCCUCUUAUGGAAAAUGUUUUCCCCAAAGAGAGACAACGCUAAUGAUCUAGCCAAGGAUUCCAAGGGAAGGUUUUUCAUCGACAGAGAUGGCUUCCUGUUCCGUUAUAUUCUGGACUAUCUCAGGGACAGGCAGGUCGUCCUGCCUGACCACUUUCCAGAAAGGGGAAGGUUGAAAAGAGAGGCCGAGUAUUUCCAGCUACCCGACCUGGUCAAGCUCCUGGCCCCCGAGGACGUCAAGCAAAGCCCAGAUGAGUUCUGCCACAGCGAUUUUGAGGAUGGCUCCCAAGGAAGCGACACAAGAAUCUGCCCCCCCUCUUCACUGCUCCCUCAUGACCGCAAGUGGGGUUUUAUUACUGUGGGUUACAGGGGAUCCUGUACCUUGGGCAGAGAGGGGCAAGCAGAUGCCAAGUUUCGAAGAGUUCCCCGGAUUUUGGUUUGCGGAAGGAUUUCAUUGGCAAAGGAAGUCUUUGGAGAAACUCUGAAUGAAAGCAGAGACCCAGACCGAGCCCCGGAAAGAUACACCUCCAGAUUUUAUCUCAAGUUCAAACACCUGGAAAGAGCUUUUGAUAUGUUGUCAGAGUGUGGAUUCCACAUGGUGGCCUGUAACUCCUCGGUGACAGCAUCUUUUGUCAACCAGUAUACAGAGGACAAGAUCUGGUCGAGCUAUACCGAAUACGUCUUCUAUCGUGAGCCUUCCAGGUGGUCCUCCUCUCAUUGUGAUUGCUGCUGCAAGAAUGGCAAGGGAGACAAAGGGGAGAGCGGCACCUCCUGCAAUGACCUCUCUACUUCCAGCUGCGACAGCCAGUCAGAGGCCAGCUCUCCCCAGGAGACGGUGAUCUGUGGUCCUGUAACACGCCAGAGCAACAUCCAGACCCUGGACAGGCCCAUUAAGAAGGGCCCCGUGCAGCUGAUCCAGCAGUCAGAGAUGAGGCGGAAAAGUGACCUGCUCAGGACUCUGACGUCAGGCUCCAGGGAGUCGAACAUAAGCAGCAAAAAGAAAGCUGCGAAGGAAAAGCUCUCCAUCGAAGAGGAGCUGGAGAAGUGCAUCCAGGAUUUCCUGAAGAUCAAGAUUCCAGAUCGCUUCCCUGAGAGAAAACAUCCUUGGCAGUCUGAACUUUUACGGAAGUAUCAUCUAUAG